AUGAUAACUUCAAGCCGGGGUCCCAAAGCCGCCCAGGCUGUGCUAUCUAGUGAGUCCAUACACUUCCCUCCUUCUGUCCUGCUCUAUGCUCAACAAUUGAUCGUCUUCAAACCCACUACAAGACUCAUAUACCCAGCACGGCUCUACUCAUCUCUCGCCACAGCCGUAGCGAAAACCCCCACCGAUACCUCUACUCCUGCACCUACUAGCUCUCCGCCGCCCUACGACGUUCGCUCUGGUGUUAUUCUCACGCGACCGCCUCUGGUAACACGGAAACUCCAUCCUUUUGAAAAUGCUUUCUUUUUCUACCAAAAACGUCUUGAAGAACGUCUCAACACCCCUUUUAUCACGGGUAUUUACUUCAAACCUGAUACCGCUCGCCGUCUAGACUGGAACAUCAAGGUCCAAGAGCGCAAGGGCACAGUGGCCAAGGAGCUGGGUGUCUACAAUGGAAAGAGUUCCAAGGCGUGGGAUGAUGAACUUAAGGUUGGCGAUGAGCUUAGCAACCAGGAGACUAUUAUCAAGUCCUUGCUCAGGGAUGCUGAGGCACGUGUCAGUGAUGAUGCUGAGGUUAUUGCUCCUGAGGAUGUCACCCCUGUUGAGCCUCCUGCGGAUCGUGUGACCGAAGCAGAUCGUAAGGGUGAUGUUCAAAGACUGGACCGUCAACUUGAUCGAACCCUGUAUCUUGUGGUCAAGGGUAAGGACGGUUGGGGCUUCCCUGCUGAUGUGAUUCCUAAGGAUGAAAAUCUUCAUGAGUCCGCCAAGAGAGUCCUCGAACAGGCUGCUGGUGUCAAUAUGAACACAUGGAUUGUCAGCCGCGUGCCAGUCGCCCAUGUCGUCUCGCGACCCAAAACGACUGCCGACGGCGUCGUUGAGAAGAAGGGUGAGAAGACUUUCUUCAUCAAGGGCAGGAUAAUGGCUGGUCAGGCUGAUCUUAAGGACAACCCCUUUGGCUACACCGAGUUUAAGUGGCUGACUCGUGAGGAGCUGGAAAAGGAAUUGCCAAAGGAUUACUGGAAGGGCGUACGAAACAUGAUGACUGAUCGGUAA